AUGACCGAAGCGAAGCCUACGGAGGGUCGGGUCAGACCUCCUAAGUACACGAGAGCACAGAAGCGGCGGCAACCAUGGGAAGAUGAGCAAAAUUCCAUCGACUUGACACCAAAGAUACCACAAGCGGAAUACUAUCAAGUUUGUUGCAAUGGUUGGUACGAUCCGGGAAAAGCCUUUUACGACGAACGCCGCAAAGAAGCCGCUGAGAAGAGGAAGGAAUCUGGAGAGAAAGUGGAAUCCGAAGCUGAUUCUAAUGACGGUUCCACAGAAAAACCGGGUGCCGUGGAAAAAUUAAACGAAAAGUGCAUUAAUGAUGCCGCGAAUAAGGGUUCCGAAAAAGAGGACGACGGUGAUGAAGAGGAGGCGGAGAAGUCGUUACUACACUACCCGGAAGACGACGAAGAUCCAACGUGGGAAGAUCACCCUCCUCUCGAAACAUCCACCUUCUAUCCACGACUUGGCGUCUACACCUACAAAGCCCAAGCCAAGCAGAUCAAGAAGCAAAUGUUCACGGAGCGUCGAAUCCAUAAACGACUCUACAAGCGUUGGGUGUACGAUAUUCUCGAGUACUACGAAACACAGAAACCGAAACAGCACACAAUCGACACAAAAAUGAACGCCAUGAAAGCCCUGAAAGACGAAUUGGAAAUUGUUUUUCCGCUCAAUUCGCUGCGGAUCUUCCCAAUUGGGGCGUCGGCGGAUGGGUGCGGCUCGGAUACGACGGCCCUGGAGUGUACCCUCGUCAUCGACGAGCCCUUCCCCGCCGAUAUGGACGAUCGGCCGAUCCGGCGCGAUUUGAAUCAGAGCAGAGAUUACGUCACAGAUUGCUUGUCUCGCAUCACGCGUCAUUUGGCUGGGCGGAAUUUGGGAAAUCGGAAAUUAAAGUUCCUCGAAUACGGAGAUGCCGAUGAUACGUAUGAUGGAACGAGCGAGAUCGUGAUGGGACCGGAGUUGCCGCAUGUGCGUCUGUCCUACUACCCGUCUGGCGGCGACGGUGUCCCAAUCAACUUGCGCACCGGUACCGAUAAGGUUCUGCCCAUCACCCUCUUCAUCAACGAUAUCGCCUCUAUCUACAAUGCUCAUCUUAUCUACAAUUAUACGAAGGUCGACAAGCGUUUUGCUCAAGUGGCGGUCACCAUCAAAGGAUGGGCGGCAAACAAUCUGGCUUCGAAGCAGGGACCGCUGUUUUUGACCGGGACGAAUCUAUGCCACAUGGUCAUCCAUUACAUGCAGUGUUGCCUCGAGCCACCCGUACUCCCUAAUCUCCACCACCUUUAUCCCAAAAUGUUUGGCAAGGAUGCAUUGCUUUGGGAAAGCGAUCUACAGGCGACUUCUCGCAUCCCGACGCCCGAAUGGCGCAACAACGGCACGCCGAUACACGAACAAAUUGUCGGGUUCUUCCACUACUAUUCGAAUCUGGACUACCGUCGGAAGGCUAUCUCAAUCAAGGAUGCGCGCAUUCUACCAAAGUCCUCCGUUCCGGAUAGGUACAAAAGCCACAUCGCCAUCGUUGAUGCUUAUACCGGAACGAAUUCUUGCCGUGUCGUCAGUGGGCCGUUGUACCGUAAAAUCGUCUCGAACAUGUGCAUACAGGCACUGUCCCUUUCGAAACAUCCAGUGAUGCAGACGCUACUUGCCCCCAACGAUUCGUGCAGUCCGAAUACGCGCGGCCAACUGCUUCGUGUCCUUCGCCAUGAGCACAUUACGAACUGCGGAUGCCGACUGCCUGGAGAGGAAGACAACUCUGAGGAACUGGAUGCCUAUGGCAACACAAUACCCAACCUCACACCUCUUCCGAAGGUUAGGCCGAAGGACCCAUCAACUUCAAGCAAGGCCUUACCAGUGCUUGAGAAGACGUUCAUUAUGAAACCAAAGAAACUGCCCGAGGCUCCAGGCCGUUGGACUCCGGCCGCACCUCCACGCGCCGGAAACUUUGACGAUCGUCCGGUGCCGCUUUUGGGCUAUGACUUUAACGACCGUCCGCCCCGCUAUGACUAUGAUACCCCGGCUCGUUCGAAGUACGACUACCAUGGCCGACCGUCACUCAGCACUGACUACGACUAUCACGCGCAAGGUUACGGAGGCCCACAAGAUUAUGGAGGCCACGAGAAGCACGUUGCCGGCGGCCCCUCCUCUCGCUUUAACCCAUAUCUGUUGGAGCCACCGCAGCGCCACGAUAAGCACUCCAAUAUGGCUGCAUCAAGCAAACGCGGUUCACGUGCUCCGCUCUCGAAUCACCGCCCCCCUCAAUUGCCACAAAGAGCCGGGCUCCUUGGGCACAACCCCGCGCCAAGCUAUCCCAAACCGACACCGAGCUACCCGAACCCACCCGACUAUCAGUUCUAUACAGAGCCAAUGAAGCCCCGGCCACCUCCAGCACCUGCGGCGGCCCCCUAUGCCUAUCCGCCUCAGCUCGACCCUCAAUUAGCCGAAUACUAUGCGGCAUAUUCUUAUAAA